AUGCCCGGCACGCCGGAGCUAUUCACCCUCCACGUUACUGAUUCCGAGCUCACCGAGUUCCUUGACCUGGUCCGACUGUCCAAGAUAGGACCCUCUACAUACUGGAACCAACACACCGACGACGGCCGCUUCGGCAUCUCGCGCGAGUGGCUCGUGAACGCAAAAGAGACAUGGCUGAGCGAAUUCAACUGGCGCGCGCACGAAGACGCCAUCAACAGCGUCCCCAACUUCAAGAUCAACCUCCGAGACCCAGAAGCUGGAGAGGUGUCCAUUCACUUCGCAGCACUCUUCUCGAAGCGCGAUGAUGCGGUCCCCAUCCUCUUCCUGCACGGGUACCCGGGUUCGUUCUUGGAGUUCCUCCCCAUGAUGCAGCUGCUUGCGCAGAAGUAUACGCCCGAGACGCUUCCAUACCAUGUUAUCGUCCCCUCGCUACCGGAUUACGGCUUGUCCGGUGGAGUCGGCGACCAGCUGGAGAUGUCGAUUGAGCGGGCGGCACGGAUCAUGAACCAGCUCAUGGUGGAGCUUGGGUUCGGCGAUGGGUAUGUUGCCCAGGGAGGAGAUCUGGGGAGUAUGCUUGCACGGAUUCUCAGUGUCGAGUAUGAGGGGUGCAAAGCGCUUCAUGUGAACAUGCUUCACCUGAACCCGGGCGAGACACCUUCGCCCGCCGCGUCUAACAACCUAAGCCGUGACGAAGAAGAGCACAUCAAGCGAAGCAAUGCGUGGCAGCAAACGGGCUUCGCGUAUGCCCUCGAGCACGCGACGCGACCGUCAACUAUAGGGCUCGUCAUCUCGACAAACCCCCUGGCGUUAUUAGGCUGGAUCGGCGAAAAAUACCUCGAAUGGACCGACCCCCGUCAUCCGCUUCCACUGGACACAAUCCUCGCCACUGUGACGCUGUACUGGUUCACGUCGACGUUCCCGCGUAGUCUCUACCACGCAUCCCUAGCAAAGAACGUUCUCGCCGGGAUUCCGCAUCCCAUUACAAAGAGCAAGCCGCUGGGAUACUCGGUCUUCCCGUACGAUAUGGCCUUUGUCCCGCGGGCGUGGGCGAGGGAGCUUUAUGGGAAUUUGGUGGCGUAUCAGAGGCAUGAGCAGGGCGGUCAUUUUGGUGCCUUGGAGCAGCCGGCGGCACUCUUGAGCGAUGUUGAGGAGUUUGUGGGGAUGGUGCGUGAUAAUGUGUGGAAGGGUCAAUGA